GCUGGCUGUGUUGUUCCAUCAUCUCCCUACUGCCAGCGUGCCUUUGUGGUAGAGAGUUUUACAUCGUAUCUCAAGCUGAAUUGAUGAAAAGUGGAUAGUGAUUAGAGGCCUAACACAAAUUUGUGUGGUAAGGAUGUGAACCUAGCAUGAUCUCACUCAUAUUAUAUUAUUGUACAUCGAGGUAUGGAAGAUAGCCGAAAGCGGUCUGGUAUAUCGUAUAGCCGCCUCCGACACCAGUACUCCUCCGGUCCGUCUGCCAAAGAAAGCACCAAGUCUGGUAGAUCUCGCAAAAAUACUGCUGCCAAUCGGGUCUGUAAUCAGAGCAUAUUUGAUCUCCAAUACUGUGAUAUACAAAAUGAUUCAUCUCCACAUAGUCAUCUGAAGUAUGGAUUCCUUGACGAGGAAGAUUUUGAGGAGUUUAAGCUGGAUUUAAAAAAUUUCAGCCAUCUGAAAGAAGAGUUACUCGAGGAUUUUAGCUUGUUUAAAAGUGAUAAUAAACCUAAACUUCUCACAACGGCAGAGACUCGCAAAAGUAGUCACACGGCAAACGAUCCACUCAUGGAGUUUCUAAAUAGUGAUGAGCACUUUCAGGAGUUCGAGAGAGUGUUUGAAACAUUUAAAAGUAACCGGUUUUCAGAUAGCCUUGACAAACUUCGGUGGUCAUUAAACAGGUACGGAGAUGAAGAGGAAGAGGAGGAGGAACCAAAUAAUGAGGAAAUUGAUGAUAAAUGUGAUGUGUUUGAGGAAGAGUUAGAUGAUUCUCAAAUCGAGGAUUCCUUCACGGAAUUUUUUGACCAUGAUGAGGAUUUCAUGGCAUUCGAGAGAGAAUUUCAAAAUCUUAAAAAAGUGAAAAGACGUUCUAAGGUGCUACAAAGGAUAAAUCGUAAUUCAGGCUGUGAUAUUGUUCAGGAAUUAAAGGCAUUCUGUGAUAAUGAUCCUUCCCUCAAGUAUGAUGUGAGUCCAGGGGAGGAACGAGUAUGGAAUUCGGGCGGGGAAUGGGAUUACAUAUUCAAUAAAUUAAAAAAUGAUAAUCAUGUGUUGCUACCGCCUAGUGCAUCUGGGAGUCUACGCACAUGUACCAGUAUUAAGGAGGACAGUAUAGCCGACUUUGAUACAGGGUUUUAUUGUAGUGCCAAAAAUCAAGACCUCGAUACUUGCUCAACACUUACAGAUUUAUCAAAUUUAGAAAAUGAUUGCCAGUUCACAUGUCAUCAGAAGUGUGGUCCCUUGGUUCGACUCGGAUGUAAGGCAUCACCUGUAGAUGAAGGACUUCCUCCUGACCCAAAUUCUGUGGAAACUUCCCUCACAGACCCACCUGACCAACCAACCACAACUGACACAGGAUCAGAGGCCACAAAUGAGAAAGAUGAAACAGACAGCGGGUAUAGAUCAGGCACAAUACCUGAUGAAAAGUUGCCUCGGAAACGGAGUCAGGCCACCCUUAACCGAGAGGAACUUAAACGCAAGAUUGAAGAGUAUAAUAGUGUAUUUCCUGCUGCUAAUGUAGCACUGAAGGAAGAAAAAGAUGAAGCAUUCCAAGGGUUUAUCAAGGUUGUGUUGAAUCUCAUCCGACCAAUCUGCAUGUCUCUCGGUGCACGUCCUCCGUCCAUCUAUGAAAUGCUUACCAAGGAGCACAUCGUGGAACAAAACACACUGACUGUGUCCUUCUACAUGCCACGGGACACUUGCAAGUCUAUCCAUGUUACCAGUGAUACGACAGCCACAGAUGUUAUCUCACUGUUAUUGAAGAAGUUCCACAUCCUCGAUCAUCCCAGGAAGUUUGCCUUGUAUGAGCAGGAACACAGUCCCAAGGGUAAAAUAGUGAAACUGCGGAGGCUGCCUGGCAGUGAGAACCUUUUGUCUACUUGUGUCCACUGGGAGAAGGAGCGACUUUUGUGUACAAGGCUUGUCCUUCAGGAAAAUGAAACAGGAGAAAUUGUGUGGGAGAACUUCAGUAAACCAGAAUUGGAGAACUUCUUACUUGUGCUGGACAGAGAGGAAAAGGAAUAUAUAUCACAACUGCAGUACAAAUAUCAUGUUAUGAAGAGAAUUAUCCAUCAACGCUUCAAAGAGCUACGGAAAGAGCGCAGGAAGUCUGCCUUGAUGGAGAAACAAGCCAGCAAAGAGUCCUGAUUAUCUAGGAUUUCCAGUGAUAUUACCCAGGAUGCUUCAUUGUCUUGUUAAUGUACACUCUUGAGAGAAUUUCCUCAGAUUCAUUAGGAAAUCAAACCAUUAUGACAGUCUUGCUAGAUGUUAAAUCUAGUCAAGCUCAGCCAGUAAUCAAGUGAUUUCUGGACGUUACUGAUCUGAAUCUUUGUUCUGUGAUGGUUGUGUAGAUAUUUAUCAUGGUGCUGUGAGGAGUAAUCUGGUGGGGCAACCAUUUGUGAGACCUCAUGAACUUUUGCUGUGACAGAAUCCUGAGUGAGUCAUGGAUACCACUCCCUACAAGGGAUUACUUAUUAUACACUAUGAGGUCUCCAGAAACAAUGGAUAAUUGCCCACUGAUGAGCUCAGAUAUCCUCUGGUAGAGGCCAAACUUGACACUCGCUUCACCAAAACGUCGGAAAGACUUGUGACAGAUGUUCUGAUGUAGUCCAGGCACAGAAUGACUUUAAGACACAUGAUUGUCUUCCACUGAAAAAGACUGCAGUCUUAAGGAUUUGAAAUGUUGUGUCAUACAAGAAAUGAACAUCUCUUGAAGACAAACAUUUGUCUAAGGAUUUAUAUUGUAGGGCAUGUCCCAAGGAGGUUAAGAAUCAAUGUCACUAGUCCAAAGGAGGACAAGAGUGCCAAUAUUUUGGUGGUUGUUACUCUCAGUGAUGACAGUGAGAAGGUCACAAUAUGAUGAUGUGGUGAGAGGGUCAUGAUUGAUGUAAAUGAGAUUAAUCAUGGGAUGUCUAGGUGAAACAGUUACAUUAUUGUCACUUUUCACCAAGAUAUCGGUUCUUACAGAGUCAUAGUUGUCCUCACUUGUCAAAGAAGCAAACAUGGACCUAUUUGUUGUCACAGGCAUGACUUGUUGACAACAGUUACCUGAUAAAGACGAGCAAGUUGUCAAUUUAUCAACUGAUGUUAUGGUUUAUGUAUGGUAGUCGUUGCCUGGAAACUGUUGCCAUGACAUGAAAAACUUGCACAAAGAUACUCAAGAAUACCAGGGCUUUGACACAGAAACCAAAUAUGGUAUGACUAGUUUUCCACCCCCAAUACUUUAUGUCAUGGUCAGGGUCACGAGCACUCAUUUGAGAACAUGUGUGAUGAUAAACACCCUGUUGAUAACGACCUGUGUAUUUUGGUACCACGAUAUCAAUACCUAAUAACUGUACAUACUUCCCUAGUUUAGUACAUGUAAAGUGGGACUAAGGUUUUCAUGGGUUGAAAAAAUAUUUCAAUGUUUUUAGGGGAAAUGUAACACAGUUAAAGAUUCCACCAGUCCUAUCUUUCUGAUUGGUUGAAUUUUACAGCAAGUUACCUACAACACCUAGCGGCAAUCACAUGCUUUAAAUAAUGCCACCAUCUUUCAAGACAAGUAGCAUGGCAUGCAAUAACUAUGUAACAAGUUAACGUUAUCCUAAAAACUUAAUAAAAGUGACAGCCAAGAUGUUCCUGACACUAUUCAGAUGAGUUUCAGUUGUGAACCAUCACUGGUUUGAAGUUAAUACUCUGAGAUGGGACAAGUUGGUGGAAUGCACAGAAUUACUGGAUCACUGAUAUCUAUUUUCAGUGGUCUAUAUAAGAUCAACAUGUGACAAUCUGUGACAGUAAAAGUCAUUAGAAAAUAUCUUUUAAAAUAAUCAAUAUAGUCAGCGAUAUCACAGAUAUGAUCAUAAUGCAACAUUGUACCAAAUUUCCUGUUGCUAUUAAUAGAAUGGGUUGACUAAUUGAGAGUAAUUUUUUUUCUUGAUUGUGGGUGGCACACAUGUACAUUGUUUAUCACUCUCAAGGGCAGCGUCUUCAAACUAAAUAUCUUAAAACAACAAAUAAAGUUAGUGACAUCAAAAGCUUAUGUACUUAAUAUGAUAACACCAAUAUAUGAAGUUAUUUAAAAAGUAUUUUAAGAACUAUUGUUCAAUAAACAAUAUAAAGGUCUAUUGGAGAUUGGAAAAGAAGCUGAAAUUAUUAAAAGCUAUAUUAAUUAUGAGGUUAAACUUUGCCUACUCUAGUGUUUAUUGCUAUUCAUUUAAGGAUUGUGUGCAUCCACUUAAUGAAUUAUUUCUGUAUUUAUACUUACUCAGAGUGAAAGAUCUGAUAUAAAUCUAUAAGAUAUCUGUACAGAACAUGCCUUUGUAUUCCAAUAAUAAAACACUAUAAAUCUUUUACCUGUCACACAUAUAGUAUGCGAGGGAUACAAGCAUGAAUUUGAUAAUGUAUUCAAAGAGUACAAAAUCUUCAAUCAUAAGAAUUGAAAAAGUAAAGAUAACAUAUCAGUAAGGUCAUUUUUUCUGAUGUAAAAUUUCAUGUAUCUCUACUGUUGCAUCAAUGCAUUUAGUGUUAACAGAUCAGUGCACAUGGUACAAUUUGUGGCAUACAAUAUUGUGCGCAUGCUGGUUAAGAAAUAAUCCAAUCACAAGCCUUCUUAUUAGCCAAUCAAAAAUCAGUCAACCUUAGAAAUUGAUUCUGCUACAAGUUGUCUCUGAUUAAAUCAAAUUGCAUUUCUGAUUAAUUUAUGAUUUACAUUUAAUGUGCAUACUGUGUACAUAUAACCUUGACGCUGGAUUUUGGUGGGGGCAAAAUAUUUUUGAAAUAACAGUUCACAGAAUCUGACCAAUCCUGUGGUUAUGGGUCAUGCUAUGUAACUUAGGGUUCCUCUGAAACUGAGGGUUCCUUACUGAACAUGCAUGUUUUGUACAACGAUCUAGAAGACUGCUAUUUAAGCCAGGUCUGUGGUAGGAGUGAGCAAUUCAGUUUGUGGGAUGCAUCUUUGUAGCAUACAAUGAUGAUUUGAAACUAGGAACAAGGACAGUGUCAUCAACAUUACCUGGACUGGAACUUUGUGUCAUCAAGCAUCUUCAUUUACUCUAUGUAAUCUGUGGUUUUAAUGUUGUUCUGGGUUCAAUAUCCAAUUGCAAUACCAGUGGCAAUCUCUUGAUUAAGAAUUUCAAUUUUUUGAGUGAUUUACUGAUUUGAUAGAAAAUAUUUUCAAAAUUUCAGAUUUGCCUGAUGAUAGUCAUCUAUAAAAGUGUUCAAUCUUCUUGCAUAUGAGGGAUUUUGUCUCAGAUUUAAAGUUACAUAUAGACAUGUUAUAUAUCAUCCUUUCAGUGAGUGCAUUGAUUUACAUAUUGUAUAAAUAAGAUUGCUUUGAUGCUACACAGAUGGUAUAUACAACACCAACCUUUACCAAGGGUAUUCUAUGUGUUUGUUAUGGGAAUCUUUAGGAUUUUUCGUUCUAUAAAAUUACUUUGUAUUUAUGUAUACAUUUUAUACGAGGAUCUGUAGCUUUACAAUUUUCAAACUAGUCAUUUACAUGUCUCGUUAUAACUUGUUCAAGAGACCAUUGAGAAAAACAUAAUGUUGAAUUUGUAAAAAAAAUGAGGUAAAUAUUUAUGUAGAUUUUAUUGUUUGUUUGUACACUUCAUAUUGGUGUGACUUUUCAUUUUAAAGGUGCAUAAUACACAAGACAAGUAUCAUUAUAAGAUAAAGAUUUGAGUAAAUACAAUUGUGUUCAUACAUAUCCUGUACAAGGUAUUGUAUUCCAAUAUGAAAUCAAAGCCUAAUAUAUUCUAUCCUUUAUCUCCUUGUCAUUUCCGUCUGAUAACUCUUCCUUAUCUGAAAAUUUAAAAUCUAAAAAUAAUACUGUUACACUUUUCCCAUUUUGUGUUCAUGUAUGGUGACGAUAUGACUUGUCAGCCGAUUGUGUUACACCUGUCUCUACACAUGUUUAAUGUUAAGGCUGAAGAAAAAAUAACCUAUGGUCAAAUAUGACACUACAUCAAUUUUUCAGCAAUGAUUGGAUUUUGCCCAAAUUUAAUCUGAAACAUUCUUGGGUUAAGGCGAAAAAAAUGUGUGUAAAUAGUGGGUAUCGGCCCCCUGGCACAGGAGGGGGAUAUCACUGACAGACAUGGUGACCAUUGAGAUAGAACAAAUUUUAUCUCUGUGAGGUCUGUGUUUGUCAUAAUCAUGAAUUUGUUAGCAAUCAAGCAAAUUCACAGCCAGAGUGCAUGUGAUUUAAUAUGGAUGUUUUCAUUCAAUCCAAUCAGACAUUCUGUAGUUCUGUUUGAACCUGGAGAUUUUAAGUUUACUUGGCUUGAAAGGCUGAGUGAGCUUAUAGCCUACCACAGCGUGCAGCAUCCGUUGUCCAUCCGUCAUCUUUUUACCUAAAAAUUACAAUUAAUGAUAAAUGACUUACAGGAUUUUGACUGAAUUAGGCCAAAAGCAUUGUUGACAAAUCCUAUUUAAAUGGUGGGUCUUGGCCCCCAAAAGUGGAAAUUUUAAAUCCUACUCCUCCAGUAGGAAUAAUUGGAUUUUUUUUACAAAUGUGCGAGGUUGCGAGGUCCAAUGGGGGAAAUGGUGCAAAUUCCUUUUCAGUAUGAAGAUCAAGAUUUUGUCCUAGUUUGACCUGAAGCAUUCUUUGGUGAGAGAGAAUAAAUGGUUUUGCUGACCAUCUGGGUGUAGAGGGGUGGGGCCGAAGGAAGGAAUCACUAUAUACAUUAAGAAUUACUUUUCCUUUCGAUUGGACAAAGCAAUUGCAACCAAACAAAGCCAGGUGGGUGAAAGAGGCCCUCUUGGCCUCUUGUCGGUAUAAAACAGAACAGUGUAACCAAAGAGAUAUAUUUAACACUGAUUAACAGCUUGCUGUCAGUGAAUGUCUCGCCAUUUUUGUACAAAGAACCUUGGUGGUUUGGACUGAAGGGAGGGAAGCUGGAGGCAAAGAUGUCAUCCAGGUUGUUGAUGUUUUUGUGAAUAAAAAGACGGGAUUUCUGUGUUUGCACGAGAUCCUUUUGUAUAAAUAUUAAUGUAAGGCAGUUACAUUAAAUAUUGACAGGGUUCAUUAAAUUUUUGCAUACAUGUAGAUGUAAUUAUAAAUGAUGUAGUGUAGUGAUAUUUUGACAUUGUAUUGUCAUCCUAUUUCUAUGUAUCACAGAUAUUACACAAAUGUUGGAGCCUGGAGCCCAACAGUCUAUCAUUAACUCUUGGUUUUUUAUGUGCAGUGUAAAACAACCUUACCUAAAUUUAUAUUUUGUUCAUCACUGUGUAAUCAAAUUAUGACCAUGUGCUCAUUUAUUAGAUCUACAGACAGUAGAUUUUUCCAUCAAAGACAGUUGUCUAGCCAUGUGAUGGAGACCGACCAUGUUGGAUGUUGAUAAAAUUAUGAUUAUAUAUAAGUGUGUGUUCUGUAGAAAUGUGCAUCACACACAAGGCUAUUAUUUAUCCGACCGGCUUUUUCUAUGUAAAGUUUAAAUUAUAAUACUUCUUGCUAAAUAUUCUUUUGGACAGUGGUGUUUUAUCAUUGGAUUGUAAAUAGGUCAUAUAUCUUUAUUAAGACAUUUGACAGUGGAAAAAAAAUCAUGAUCUUAAUCCCAGGAUUAAAUGUCAUUUAUAUUUAAGUAGAGAUCAAGGCAUGAAAAAUGAUUAAAAAAAGAGAAGUGUUUUGGAUUGAUGAUGGUAUAUAUUUGAUGGUUUGGGAUAACACUACAGUGGUGUAUGAUGUGUUAUAUUAAUGUUACUGUACAUAACUUAGAUCAGAGUUUUAUAGCUAAACUUAACGUCGUCAGAGAAAUGUUAAAUUCUAAAUUACUAAGGAAUGAGAAAUUUUAUCAAAGUUACUGUUACCAUCCUUCUAGUGCCUUACAUGUGAAUUAUCAAACUUUGACCUUUGCAAGAUGCAAAUCAUUUUUCCGGAGCUGGUACAUGAAUAUCUUGUUUACUUCGUCCGAUUUGAUAAAUCAGGGGAAGUCGUUUAAAAAUAAUCUAAGUGUCACUGUAUUUGAAUUUUGUUUCACUGAACAUGUAUGAUUUGUUUUAUUUUUAUCUAUAAAUUAAAUUUAAUCAGAAAAUAGUAA